CUCUUGUACUAUUCGAGUGCCUUCUGGGAGGGGCAAGGAAAGAGGAGCCUGGUGUUGUCAGGCAGUCCCAUCUGCAGGGACUGUCCCACCCAGGGCCAUUGAGAGGCCCUCUGGCAUCCCUAACUCUUUGCACUCUCACUUGUUAACAACUCCUAUAAUGCAUAUUAGCACCUAUUUAUCUAGUUCUUCCCCAGCCUGUCUGUUCCACACUGGCAGGUGAUAACCCGAAUUCCCCAUUCUUAUUCACCUCUGGUCCAAGUUUGCUUCCCUGUGAAUUGUGAAGACAAAUUUCUCCUGAUAGUCCUAAGUCUCAGUACCAGGGAACAUCUCCAUCACUGAUUUGCUACAGAGUGAUGCCUUUGAACUGAUCUAGAGAUCAAGCAGGGUCAGAAGAUAUCUUGGGACAUCGGAUAUGUCUGUUGAGGUGAACGACCGAACCGGUCUCAAGGCGGAAAACACUCCAGUUCUGCUAGCACAUGUUCUGAGCACCCCUGAAACCUCCCUCAGUGCAUCUGCGCUGCACCUUACUCAUCCAGAGAAGCAAAACAAAAAGAACAGAAAACACCAGGAAAACUCUGCAGGAACUGCCUGCGGAGCCGAUGCUGCCCAGAAGUAAACUCUGGAGAAACAGGCACCACCUAUCUUUGAAGUCUCAUGGCAGGAUCUGUAUUGGCAAAGCUGACAUCCAGAGGAAGGUUCUGAAGGGCGAGGAGGUGGGAAAUGGGCAUCAAGCUUUCCAAGAUAUUUGUCAACAUGUACAGAAAGAUACUUACUGGAAUAUUCAAAACCACUUAGCUGUAUAGGUCCUGUAAGGAUGCUUUGAUGCAUGGGCAGUACAGCAGGUACCAAACACUAAGGCAGUUAGCAUGAGCGCUGUGAAUAUGUGAAAGAAGGUUCAAAAGAGCAGAAGCCAUUCUGAAAAAACACUGGGACCAGCAAGGCAAAAUUACGUUUGACUUCUGCCAAAACAGCUCUGUAAAUUUAGCAAUAAGUUUACUAAGGAGGAUCCAGAAAUAAAACACACACCUGUGGUAACUGCAUGGGGUGUGUUGGGAAGAUGACCAAAUAUUUAUGUAUAAUUCUAGUUACUAUAUCCAAUGGAUGAUACAGAGCCAUCAGUUGUCUUUAUGCUGCUAUUAAGGUUACUGUCCUGCAUGGGCAGAGUUGAGCAGCAAAACCAGUCCCCUUGUCCCAGUCAUGUUUAAGUGGCAGGUUUCUACAAACACACUUUUGUAUUUAGUUAUGCCUGCUAUAGCCUCAUCAAAUGCUAGCACUCACCAUUUCAGCUGCUUCCUCUGACAAUGACUUUGAGCUGUUUAAUGCAUCUGAUGAUGAUCAUUCCUGCCUAGAGCCAUGGUGAAAUGCAUUUACCAAUCACUGCUUUAUCUAGUCCUGAGGUAUUUUGCUAGAGGCAUUCAAUGGGCAGAACAUCUCUCUUUUCUCUUGAGAUUAGAAAUGAUGUGGAAUACAUGAGUUAAUAUCUUUUUAGCUUUAAAUCCAUUUGCCUUGACUUUCUACAGAUUUACUGCAGAGUUGGAGCAGAAUGUUUCCAGGUGAGCCUGAUUGGGUUCAGCUAGUUGUGACAGAUGCAGUUCAUUUGGGGGCGGAAGGGAGAGUGGUGAAGAGAGGAUAAAAGGCUUUGGAAGCCACUGUAGAGUCCUUUCUGUCAGGGAAACUUUCCAGUCUUCUUAGUAACUGCCUGUUUUCUCCAUCUUAUUAUGCCAUCACCCAUUCCUCUUAAUUGUUUUCUUCCUUUGGAGUUUUCCCCCUCUGCAGAUUUGCGACCCUGCAGCAGCCCCUUAGUUAUCCCUGGCAAAGACAGCAAAAACUUCUUGGGGGGAGCUCCUUCAGUCAGGACUCGCCGCUUGCCUCCACGCCUGGCCUGGUGCUGCAUUGAUUGGGAUCAGCUCUGCCUCCUGCAGCCCCUAGGCUCCGGGGGCUUCGGUUCGGUCUACAAAGCCACCUACCAUGGUACCACUGUGGCUGUGAAGCAGGUGAAGAAGAGCAGCAAAAACCGGCUGGCGUCACGACAGAGCUUCUGGGCCGAGCUGAAUGUAGCCCGGCUACAGCACAAUAACGUGGUACGUGUGGUGGCUGCCAGCACGUGUGCCCCGGCCAGCCAGAACAGCCUGGGCACCAUCAUUAUGGAGUACGUGGGCCACAUCACCCUGCACCACGUAAUUUAUGGCACUGGCGAUGUGUGGAGACAGGGCGAGGAUGAUGACGGAGGAUGCGGAAGGAAGGCCCUGAGCAUGGAAGAGACCGUGUGCUAUUCUUGUGACAUUGUGACUGGCUUAGCCUUUCUUCACUCGCAGGGCAUCGUGCACUUGGACCUGAAGCCUGCAAACGUCUUCAUCACUGAGCAGGGAGUGUGCAAGAUCGGGGACUUUGGGUGCUCUCACAAACUGGAGGAGGGCUUGUCCCAGAGCCCCCACGUUUGCCAGCAAGGGGGCACAUACACGCACCGUGCCCCCGAGCUCCUCAAGGGGGAGAGGGUCACUGCUAAAGCAGACAUCUACUCCUUUGCUGUCACCCUCUGGCAAAUCGUCAUGCGAGAGCAGCCCUACCUGGGUGAGCGGCAGUACGUGCUCUAUGCUGUGGUAGCCUAUAACUUACGCCCUUCGCUGGCUGCUGCCAUUUUCCACGAGUCACCGGUGGGCCGGAGGCUCCAGAGCAUUAUUAGCUGCUGCUGGAAGGCUAAUGUAGAGGAGCGCCUGAGCGCAGCCCAGCUGCUUCCCAGCCUCAGGGCCCUCAGGGCGAGCCUCUAG